GAUUCGUGGCAAACAGUCAGGCGGUGGAUGUUCCACACUUGGUCGUCGGGGUCGAGCCGUUGCUCCUGGUCGCGCGGCUCACCGAUUCUCGGCCGGAGCCUGUCAAGGUGGUCAGCGACAUGGCACUUGAUCUGGCCAUCGCACAGCUGAACGGCGCGGCGCUCGCGGCAGCGCCUGUCCCGCCGGCGCGCGUCGAGGCGAUGGCGCAACCGAUCGCGCUGUUCAGAGAUGCGUUGUUGACGCCCGCCGCGGCGGUCGGCGACGCGCUGCUCAGCGUAGACGCGCACGCAAUCGGGGAGGCACUCGCCUCACUCGCGGUCGCCAGGGUCGAGCUGUUGCCCCCAGGCGCGUUGCUCACCGAUUCGCGGCUGGCGCCUGUCACGGCGGGCAUCGCCGCGAUGCGAACGGUCGCAUGCGCCUCAUUCGCGGGCAUCAUAGUCGAGCUGAUGCUCUCGGGCAUGCCGCUCGACGCUGGGAUAUCGUUACCCGCGCGAGUGCACAGCCGCAAGGUACUCGAGGGAGAACUCGCCCCACUCGCGGCAGUCGCGCCGACGAGCGCAGAGGCGUUGGCCCCAGACGCGCUGCUCCAAGACGCAGCGAUUGUCGCACUGACUGACCGCCCCACUGCGCUUGACUCCGUCGCGCUGCUCAACGCGGCGGUGAUCGACUCACUCGCGCUGAAACCCGUCGCGCUGCUCAACGCCGCGCCGCUCGACUCCGUCGCGCUGCUCGGCGUCGAGGCGCUGGCCCCAGACGCGCUGCUCAAAGACGCAGUGCUCGUUGCACUCCUCAUCUCGCUGGUAGAUGCGAGGCAGUCGGCGCUGGACCCCACCCCGCUAAUCCGCGCCGCGGCGGUCGACCUCGCGGCGCUGCUCAACGUCGCGGGGCUCGACCCCGAUGCGCCGGGCCCCGUCGCGCCGCCGAACGCCGCGGCGCUCGACCCCCUCGCGCUGCUCGGCGUCGAAGCGCCAGUCCAGAAGCGCCGCUUACAGUCGCGACAGCCGGCGCCGGACCCCGUCGCGCUGCUCAACGCCGCGCCGCUCGAAUCCGCCGCGACGGACCCCGCCCCGCCGCUCGACGCGUCGGCGCCCGACCACGUCGCGCUGCUCAGCGUCGAAGCGCUGGCCCCAGAAGCGCCGCUCAAAGACUCGGCGCUCGUUGCGGCGCUCGCCCCACUCGCCCACGCCAGAGCGCCGGCGCUGGACCCCGCCCCGCCGCUCUACGUCGCGGCGCUCGACCCCGCCGGGCUGCCUAACGUCGCGGCGCUCGACUUCGCCGCGCUGGGCCCCGUCGCGCUGGCCCGCGCCGCGGCGCCCGACUCCGCCGCGCUGCUCAGCGACGAAGUGCCAGCCCCAGAAGCGCCGCUCAAAGACUCGGCGCUCGUUGCGGCGCUCGCCCCACUCGCCCGCGCGAGGGCGCCGGCGCUGGACCCCGCCCCGCUGCUCUACGUCGCGGCGCUCGACCCCGCCGGGGUGCCCAACGUCGCGGCGCUCGACUUCGCCGCGCCGGGCCCCGUCGCGCUGGCCCGCGCCGUGGCGCCCGACUCUGCCGCGCUGCUCAGCGACGAGGCGCGGGCCCCAAACGCGCUGCUCAGAGACUUGGCGCUCGUUGCGCCGCUCGUCUCAUUCGCAGACGCAAGGACGCCGGCGCUGGAUCUCGUCGCUCCGUUCAAAGACGCGGCGCUCGAGCCCGCCGCGGCGCCCGACUCCGCCGCGCCGCUCAGCGACGAGGCGCGGGCCCCAAACGCGCUGCUCAGAGACUUGGCGCUCGUUGCGCCGCUCGUCUCAUUCGCAGACGCAAGGACGCCGGCGCUGGAUCUCGUCGCUCCGUUCAAAGACGCGGCGCUCGAUCCCGCCGCGGCGCUCAACUCCGCCGCGCCAGGCCCCGUCGCGUCACUCCACGUCGCGGCGCUCGAUUUCGCUGCGCUGCUAAGCGCCGAGUUGCCGGCCCCAGACGCGCCGCUCCACGUCGCGGCGCCCGAUGCUCUGCCCGCCCUACUCGCAGGCGCGAAACUGCCGGCGCUGGGCCCCGUCGCGCUGCUCAACAUCGCGGCGCUCGGCGCCGUCGCGCCACUCAGCGUCGAGGCGCCGGCCCCGGGCGCGCCGACCGAAGAGGAGGCGCCCGUUGCACCGCUCGUCUCGCACGCAGAAGCGAGGCUGCCGGCGCCAGGCCCCGCCGCGACGAUCAGCGCCGCCAUGCUCGACUCCGUUGCGACGACCCCCGUCGAGCUGCUCAACGCGGCGGCGCCCGGCUCCGUCGCGCUGCCCCGCGUCGAGGCGCGGGCCCCAGAUGCGCUGCUCGAAGAGGUGGCGCUCGUUGCACAGCUCGUCUCACUCGCCGAUGCGAGGCAGCCGGCGCUGCGCCCCGUCGCGGCGACCAGCGUCGCAGCAUUCAAGUCCGUCGAGCUGCCGAACGUCGCGACGCUCGACUCCGUCGCGCCGGACCCUUUCACGCCACUCAACGUCGCGGCGUUCGACUCUGGCGCGCUGCUUUUUGUCGAGGUGCUGGUCGUGGACUCGCCGCUCAAAAACGCGGCGCUCUUGGCGCUGCUCGUCUCAGUCGCAGAUGCGAGGCCGUUCGCGCUGCUCAGCGGCGCGACACUCUGGGCCGCGCCCACCCCGCCCCCAGCGGGCCAACGCAGGGCGCGGAGGCCUGGGGGGCCAGGCGGGCGCCCAGACCAAUCAGGCCAGCCGGGGCGCCCGCGGCCCCCACGUCGCGCGACGCACGUCGCAGCACGGGUCGGGCUGAUCAGCGGCGCGCACCCAGCGCCUGGCGCGGCGCUCACCGUCGAGGCGCAGGCAGGAGCCAUGCAGCUCAGCGGCGCGGCAUUCGAAACAGCGCAGUUCGGCGGCGCGCUGCCAGCGUUCGCCGCGAUGGUCAGCGGCGCGCUGCUCGACGUCAGGAUGCUUGCACGCGUCGCACAGCUCCACGACGCGUCGCUCAAGGCAGCGCCCGUGCCGCCGGCGCACGCCAGGGACAAGCUGGCGCUCAUCGAAGCGCAGCUCCACGGUGCGCUGCUGGCACCCGUCGCGGUGGUAAGCGACGUAGUACACGAGGCGGUACUCGUCUCUCUCGUAGACGUUAAUGUCGAGCUGCUGCUCUUCGAAAUGCUGCUGCACGCGAUGCUAUUCUC